AUGGCCAAUGAUCAAGUUAAAUCUAAUAUCACACCAUCACCUCACUUUUAAAUCUAGUCUAUGUGUUUCCGAUAAAGAGAGACAGACCAGUCAGCGAGAGAGAAGAGCGAGAGACGAAAGCAGGGAGAGCGAAAGUGCAGAGAGACUCGCAUCUCUUCGAAUAGACUCUUUUUACUUUAAAUCUCUUUUAAUCAGAUAUCUUAUUCAGCUAUCUCUAUCUCUCUCUCUCCUUUUCAUCUCUUAUGUCAUAUCUAUUCAUUCUCUCUACCUUUCAGCUUCUUCCUCUCCUGUCAUCUCUCUUCUUCUCUUGCAUCUCUCGCUCCUUUCUCCACAUCCCUCUCUCCUUUCAUCUCUCUCUCUCUCCUUUCAUCUAUCUUUCAUCUCUCUCUUUCUCUCUCCUUUCAUCUCUUUCUCUCUCCUUUCAUCUCUUUCUCUCUCCUUUCAUCUCUCUCUCUCUUUUCUCUCUCCUUCUCUCUCCCCUCUCAUUUCUCUUUAACAGAUAUGGAUGAUGGGUAUUUAGGGUGGAGAACUCUGCUGAUAGGUUGAAUCAGGGCAGGUCAUUUGCCACACACACGCGCACACACACACACACACAAGUCCCAAAAUGACUCCCAUCUUUCUGGUUUAUUACAUUACUCCUAAGUGUCUGACUCGACGGAAAAAGAGGGAUCAUUUUUAUUAGGAAGUCUAGCAGAAAUAUCCCUCACACACACACAUCCGCACACACACUCGCAUGCACACACACACACACACACACACACACACACACACACACACACACACACACACAAAUAAACACCCAAACCUCCCCAAAAGCUCCAGACACCUCAUUAGGCAGUAUAGUGUGUCCUGGGGUGUAGUAAAUAAAUAUGCAACCCUGUUCCCUCCUGUUUCCUGUGAUACUCCCAGUGGGGGUAGCAGUAAUGACAUCACACGCACGUUGACAUUACAUUAUCACUGUUGCCGGUGAUCAAAUGAGACCCCUGCUAGAGUUCAUUACACUCUUUGACAGAAACACUAUGAAACACACAUACAGUGACACACACACACAUACACACUGUGAACCACAAACCCCCAGGUUAUUUACCACUGUUCCAUACAGAGUUCAGCCAACCCGCUGUUCAGUUUGACAACAAUAAAGGAUGUCCUGGCAAUCCAGUAGUUCAUUUUAUGGAAAGGAGCUUUCAGUGUAUCCCUCAGGGUGUGUUGGGUGAGUCUACAGGCUUCACUGAACUCUGGAUACAUAGAGCUGAUUUACCACAUAGUGCUACAUUACUGUUAUUGUUUAGUAUAUGAGAGAGAGAGAGAGAGAGAUGACGAGAGAUGAUGAGAGGAGAGAGGAGAGGGGAGAGAGAUGGAGAAGCGGAGAGAGGGGAGAGAGGAGAGAGAGAGAGAGAGAGAGAGGAGAGAGAGAGAGAGAGAGAGAGAGAGAGAGAGAGAGAGGAUAACAAGAGCAGGAGGUAGAGCUCUGUAUUCCACUUACAGGUGUAGGAUCUUAAUUUGAUCACCCUUUUGCAGGAUACUCCACAUAAUAAUUGCUGCAGGAUUUUUUUUCCUGCUGUAGCAAUGUGGCUCAAAGUAAGAUCCUACAUCUGUACACCUCAUCUCUUCUUCUCCGACUGAGUGAUGGUGGUUAUAGUAAUGUAGUAAUAUAUAUAAUGUAAUCAUAUACAUCGUUUAUGCAGGAUGCACACUGAUGACUCACACUGGCAAUGAGAUUACACUGGCAAUCAGAAUAUUAUUGCUCGUGUGUGUGUGUGUGCCUUCAUGCGUUUUUGUAUGCUUUCUCUGCUGUUUGAUCUUAAAUCCAUCAUGGCUAGACUGACUGCUGUUUCCAUCAUGAACAUGACUAUAAUAAUGACUCACAUUUACAUUUAUUUAUUUACUGCUAGAAAUCUAACAAACACAACAUCACCCGUCUAUAUUAACUGUGAAAUUAGAUUUGGACAUUUUCAUUGCGAGUGUGUGAGACAUUUUAAGUGUGUGUGUUAUCUAAUUUGUAUGGAUCAAAGAGUGGAGUGAUUGACACCCCACACACACAUCAGAUAAACACACACACCAUACACACACACCACAGGGAACAUAUCUGGUAUUUUUCCUGAUAAAAACUUCUCUAGUGUCACACACUAACCUAUUUCCCAGUUAAACUGUGAAAGCCUGUGGGGGGGAAAUAAUAGCUAAUGUUCUCCGCUUCUUGAUCAUUCAAAUUAUAGUUUAGCUGUGCUGAGAACAAUAUCUUAUGAAAUAGUUUGGAACAAACACACACACUCACACACACACUCUCUCACACACACACACACACACACACACACACACAACGCAGGGAUAGAAAGAGAGGCUGAAAGAGAGUGAGAAAGACAGCGGUAGUCUGUAAUGUCAGUGUGCUGUUCUGUCAGACAACAGUGGUGUUUUUAUGAGGCUAUAACACGCUACUGUAGAAAAUAACUGUCUUUAUGGUUAAUUGACUCAACUCACUGUUGGCAGGCGUGGGCCUCCUGUCUAACUACCCUAGAUGUGUGUGUGUGUGUGUGUGUGUGUGUGUGUGUGUGUGUGUGUGUGUGUGUGUGUGUGUGUGUGUGUGUGUGUGUGUGUGUGUGUGUGUGUGUGUGUGUGUGUGUGUGUGUGUUUGUGUUCGUGUUCGUGUUGUGUUCGUGUUCGUGUUCGUGUUCGUGUUCGUGUUCGUGUUGUGUGUGUGCGUGUGCGUGUGUGUGUGUGGAUGUAAUUUUCCUGUAUUUAAAUACAUUUUUUACUGGUACAAAUCUAAUAAACACAACAUCACCCGUCUAUAUUAACUGUGAAAUUAGAUUUGGACUUUUUCAUUGCGAGUGUGUGAGAUAAUGUGAAAUAAUAUUUGGACAUAUUAAGUGUGUGUAUGUGUGAAAUAAGAUUUAGUCAUUUUAAAAGUGUGUGUGAUUGGCUAUAAGCCCAGUAGUGUGUAUCUCUGUUCUCAUCAGCAGGUCUGUGUGAGCUAGCAGGGUGUUAUACUGAGAUAAACACCAUUUACCACAUACACUGCAGCCUUGUGUGUGUGUGUGUAUGUCUAUUUGUGUACACGUGUGUGUGUGAUUAAAUGUAAUUCAUAUUAAAUCCAGCAUAUUGUAUUAAACGCCUGGAGACGUGAGGAAAUUAAGAGUCGCUCUGGAUUUGUAAAUCGCUCUGGAUAAGAGCGUCUGCUAAAUGACUUAAAUGUAAAUGUAAAAGAGUAAAUAAACAUUAGCUGUUUAGCAUAAUUACACAACAACACUGGUUGGUUAGCCAUCACACUCUGUAUUAAGAUAUACUGGAUUAUUCAUUUUAAUGAAUCUAAAAGCAAGGUAGCAGCAGUGUUCCCUUCCCAAUGGAGCUAAAAGCAAGGUAGCGGUAGUAUUUCCUUCCCAAUGGAGCUAAAAGCAAGGUAGCGGUAGUAUUUCCUUCCCAAUGGAGCUAAAAGCAGUCCCAGGUACUGUACCUUACAGAAUAGACCUCCCUCUAUCUCUCCAUCCCUCCCACCCCUCCACCCUCCCAUCCCACAUCCCUUAAUCUCUCUUUCUAUUUUUCAUACACUGUUCCACCCCACACUGAGCCACCAACUUUUUCAUACAACCACCACACCCCGCUGAGUUCAAAGACUAUGGUAUCUCACAUACACACACACACACACCUGUACACCCCCCAUGAGUAUAUGUAUAUAUACUGUAUUAAUUCAGUCGUGUCUCUGAAGACUUCUAGCUAGCAGAUUUCCUCGCUCCGUAAGACACUGAAGGACUCCGUCUUGGGACAUCUACAUUUAUAAGGUGUGUGUGGGCGUGUGUGUUCCUUAUUGAACCCAUAGAUACUGUAUACAUAUGCAAUAUCCCCUUGACUUUGCCUGUAGGCGUAAAGCAACAAGACAUGGUUGGAAAGUAGAGUUUAGAAGAUGGUAGCGCAGGUAGCUCACUCAGGAGCCUUUCAACAACAUUAAAUAUUUAUGAACAUCACUCUAUGAAAGUUCGGUUCUAGUAAUAUUAUUUUCUCUCUCUCUCUUUCUCUCUCUCCCCCUAGAACCAGUUCCAUCUCCAGAUGUCAGUUCGUGUUCCACCCUCUCGCCUGGCCAACCUUCUGCUCUCUGUUCUCCAGGGAGUAGAGAGGGAGACAGAGGGUGAAGAGAGAAGUGAGGGGGGAGGCAGGGGUCAGGAAGGGGGGAGAGGGGGAGUCGCUGUGGUGUGUCCAGGAUGGGAGGAGAGGAGGGAGGGACUACUGAAACAUCUAGAGACACAGAGAGGAACAAGCUGGAAUCUACUGGAUAUCAUCAACCUUUCCCAUAUAGGAGGGGAGGAGAGAGGGAAGGAGGAGAGGAGGGAAGAGAGAAGGGAGGAGGAAAGAGGGGCUGAGAGAAGUGAAGAAACAAGUGAUGAGACCAGAGAAGACAAGAGGGAAGCUGAGGUCUUGUCUCUCCUCUCCCGUCGUCUUCUUCGCUCCGCCUCUCCUCUCUCCUCCGUGGUCAUCCUUGGUUCUGACCCAGAAUGUCUCUCUUCUGUCCUCCGCUGCGCCCAGCGUCUCGCUCCCUCGUUCCCCACGCUGCAGUGGAUUAUGGGUAACCCUCUGUCACCUGACUCUCUCCUCUCGCUGGGCGGGCCCCUCGGCCUAUUGGCUUAUGGAGAGGUGAUUAUUAAUUUGUUGAUUUAUUCAUUCAUUGAUUUGGUUGCAUGGGUGAUAGGGUGAUUCAUUGAUUGGCUGAUUUAUUUAUUUUAUUUGACCUUUGAAAACACAUUUUAAAGUGUGUUUGUAUGUGUCUAGGUGGGUCGUAAGCCAAUCACCUUCUACAUCCGAGACGCACUGCGGUUGAUUGGCCAGGCGGUGACGUCGGCCAGUGAGGUGAGGCCAGACCUUGCUCUGAUCCAAAACCUGGUCAACUGUUACGACAAACCUAACAAAGAGGAAGUGCCCUCGUCUGGACAGUACCUGGCCAGGUAGAUAUACUGUACACACACAUAUAUACACACACACACACACACACACAUAUACAGUGGGGGAAAAAAGUAUUUAAUCAGCCACCAAUUGUGCAAGUUCUCCCACUUAAGAAGAUGAGAGAGGCCUGUAAUUUUCAUCAUAGGUACACGUCAACUAUGACAGACAAAUUGAGGGAAAAAAAUCCAGAAAAUCACAUUGUAGGAUUUUUAAUGAAUUUAUUUGCAAAUGAUGGUGGAAAAUAAGUAUUUGGUCACCUACAAACAAGCAAGAUUUCUGGGUCUCACAUACCUGUAACUUCUUCUUUAAGAGGCUCCUCUGUCCUCCACUCGUUACCUGUAUUAAUGGCACCUGUUUGAACUUGUUAUCAGUAUAAAAGACACCUGUCCACAACCUCAAACAGUCACACUCCAAACUCCACUAUGGCCAAGACCAAAGAGCUGUCAAAUGACACCAGAAACAAAAUUGUAGACCUGCACCAGGCUGGGAAGACUGAAUCUGCAAUAGGUAAGCAGCUUGGUUUGAAGAAAUCAACUGUGGGAGCAAUUAUUAGGAAAUGGAAGACAUACAAGACCACUGAUAUCUCCCUCGAUCUGGGGCUCCACGCAAGAUCUCACCCCGUGGGGUCAAAAUGAUCACAAGAACGGUGAGCAAAAAUCCCAGAACCACACGGGGGGACCUAGUGAAUGACCUGCAGAGAGCUGGGACCAAAGUAACAAAGCCUACCAUCAGUAACACACUACGCCGCCAGGGACUCAAAUCCUGCAGUGCCAGACGUGUCCCCCUGCUUAAGCCAGUACAUGUCCAGGCCCGUCUGAAGUUUGCUAGAGUGCAUUUGGAUGAUCCAGAAGAGGAUUGGGAGAAUGUCAGAUGAAACCAAAAUAGCACUUUUUGGUAAAAACUCAACUCGUCGUGUUUGGAGGACAAAGAAUGCUGAGUUGCAUCCAAAGAACACCAUACCUACUGUGAAGCAUGGGGGUGGAAACAUCAUGCUUUGGGGCUGUGUUUCUGCAAAGGGACCAGGACGACUGAUCCGUGUAAAGGAAAGAAUGAAUGGGGCCAUGUAUCGUGAGAUUUUGAGUGAAAUCCUCCUUCCAUCAGCAAGGGCAUUGAAGAUGAAACGUGGCUGGGUCUUUCAGCAUGACAAUGAUCCCAAACACACCGCCCAGGCAACGAAGGAGUGGCUUCGUAAGAAGCAUUUCAAAGUCCUGGAGUGGCCUAGCCAGUCUCCAGAUCUCAACCCCAUAGAAAAUAUUUGGAGGGAGUUGAAAGUCCGUGUUGCCCAGCGACAGCCCCAAAACAUCACUGCUCUAGAGGAGAUCUGCAUGGAGGAAUGGGCCAAAAUACCAGCAACAGUGUGUGAAAACCUUGUGAAGACUUACAGAAAACGUUUGACCUGUGUCAUUGCCAACAAAGGGUAUAUAACAAAGUAUUGAGAAACUUUUGUUAUUGACCAAAUACUUAUUUUACACCAUAAUUUGCAAAUACAUUCAUUAAAAAUCCUACAAUGUGAUUUUCUGGAUUUUUUUUCUUCUCAUUUUGUCUGUCAUAGUUGACGUGUACCUAUGAUGAAAAUUACAGGCCUCUCUCAUCUUUUUCAGUGGGAGAACUUGCACAAUUGGUGGCUGACUAAAUACUUUUUUUUCCCCCACUGUACACACAAACACAUCUCUCUGCCCUCCUCCAGCCACUGACACCAGAUGAUAGAGUGGAGUCUGAGAGGACCUGUUCCAUUUCUAAACCAUGCCAAGCCUGAGAAUACACAGACAGACCUGGACAGACUGUAGAUAGACUGAAGGCCUUGCACUGUGGCUAGAUUAGCUUUAGACAGCUAUACAAAGAUAUAGACAGUGUUGCGUCUGACAGCUUUACAUACUGUAGAUAGAGACAGUGUUGCGUCUGACAGCUUUACAUACUGUAGAUAGAGACAGUGUUGCGUCUGACAGCUUUACAUACUGUAGAUAGAGCCAGUGUUGUGUUUGACAGUUUUACAUAGAUAGAGACAGUGUUGUGUCUGACAGCUUUACAUAGAUAGAGACAGUGUUGUGUCUGACAGCUUUACAUAGAUAGAGACAGUGUUGUGUCUGACAGCUUUACAUAGAUAGAGACAGUGUUGUGUCUGACAGCUUUACAUACUGUAGAUAGAGCCAGUGUUGUGUCUGACAGCUUUACAUACUGUAGAUAGAGCCAGUGUUGUGUCUGACAGCUUUACAUACUGUAGAUAGAGCCAGUGUUGCAUCUGACAGUUUAUAUAGAUAGAGCCAGUGUUGUGUCUGACAGCUUUACAUAGAUACAGUGUUGUGUCUGACAGUUUUACAUACUGUAGAUAGAGACAGUGGGUUUCGUCUGACAGUUUACAUACUGUAGAUAGAGACAGUGUUGCGUCUGACAGCUUUACAUACUGUGGAUAGAGACAGUGUUGCGUCUGACAGUUUUACAUAGAUAGAGACAGUGUUGCGUCUGACAGUUUUACAUAGAUAGAGACAGUGUUGCGUCUGACAGUUUUACAUAGAUAGAGACAGUGUUGCGUCUGACAGUUUUACAUAGAUAGAGACAGUGUUUCGUCUGACGUUUUACAUAGAUAGGACAGUGUUGCGUUUUGACAGUUUUACAUAGAUAGGACAGUGUUGCGUCUGACAGUUUUACAUAGUUAGAGACAGUGUUGUGUCUGACAGUUUUACAUAGAUAGAGACAGUGUUUGGUCUGACAGUUUUACAUAGAUAGAGACCCGGUGUGGUCUGACAGUUUACUUUGAUAGAGACAGUGUUGUGUCUGACAGUUUUACAUAGAUAGAGCCAGUGUGUUGUCUGACAGUUUUACAUAGAUAGAGACAGUGUUGUGUCUGACAGUUUUACAUAGAUAGAGACAGUGUUGCGUCUGACAGUUUUACAUAGAUAGAGACAGUGUUGCGUCUGACAGUUUUACAUAGAUAGAGACAGUGUUGCGUCUGACAGAGUUUUACUAAUAAGACAGUGUGGUGAAGUUGUUCGAUAGGAAACAAUUACGCCAGAUGCUAAGAAGGAUAGGGGGGACAGGGUGAGGGAGGAGGGGAGCAGGUUGUUUCAGAGUAACUGGAGUUGUGUCGGUAAAAAGCAGAUUACGAAUCUGGUGUGAGUGGGUGUGGUGUGAGGGUAGGUGUGUGGGGUGGUGGUGUGGUGUGCUUGGUGGGUUGGUGGUGUGUUGUGUGUGUGUGUGUGUGUGUGUGUGUGUGUGUGUGUGUGUGUGUGCAAUACUAUAGUGUUUGAACUCAGCGGUGGUGUGGGGGUUGUGUCUUGGUAUAAGGUACGGUACCUGGGACUGAGUGUGUGAAGAUACACGCUGUCGCUUGGCCUUCAUUCUGUCUGGACCAACACAUUCCACUACAACACUUCUACCCACAACAUGGAGCGGGGUGAAAGAGGAGGAGGAGGAGGAGGAGGAGGAGGAGAGAGGAGAUAAAACAGGGUGUUGUUAUCUUAGUGAGAUCGACCAUGCAGCCCGUCAAUAGACACAGCUGCCAAAUCAACUUAAGAGAUAAGGAGGGAGAGGGAGGGAGAGAGGGAGAGGAGGGAGAGGGGAGAGAGGGAGAGAGAGAGGUCUGUAACCAGUCUGACAUCUGAUGAGUCAGUUGGGCUGUAAACAGGACACACCCGUAGAUACAUUGAUAUUCAGUGCAGAGUAGAGGGUAGAGGUGGGUUAACGACCUCAGUAUUAAUUCAUACUUUUAAUGUUUCCUCCUCUGCUGUCAGAGUUAAUGGAAGGAAGUCACCAUCAGUCACACACACUCUGCAGGUACAUACACACACACAGCAUGCGUUUUGAAAUGUAAAACAGUUUUAGGAGUUUUAAUUAACCAUUUUAACUUUCAGACUUAACCCAAUGAUCCCUGCAUUGAUAAUAUUCAGAAGGUUCAACACCCAGGCAUCACCCAACGAUCAACCGAUAACCUAAACAUCGGCCAAUAACUAAACAAUGACCCAACAAUCCAUGCAUGGUUAAUAUUCAGACAUCACCCAACGAUCCCCGCACGGUUGGAUGCCCAGAGCAGAUUUAUGUGGGAGAGUUAAUUGUGCAUACCAAUGUAUUCCAGAGGAAUAGUAAUGAUGGUGUGGCCAGUUAGAUAGAAACAACCGCAAUGAACUGCAUUAACUCAUAGUAAUAAGAACACUCUCUGUGUGUGUGUAUGCGUGUGUUUUAGGCCUGUGUGUGUGUGUGGUGUGUGUGUGUGUGUGCUUGCAUGCGUGCAUGUGCGUGGGCAGAUAGACAGAACUUCUCUCGGUUCUGCAUAAACCGUAUUAACUUAAAAUAAUGAGACUGACUGGAACAGCCAACCAAUUAUUACACCCAGCCAAUCUGAAAGAACAGACUGGGUAUCAAUAUCUGUCUACAUGUUCAAACUAUAACUUCCUCUCUCUCUCUCUCUCUCUCUCUCUCUCUGUCGCUCUCUCUCUCUCUCUCUCUUUCUGUCUCUCACUCUCUUUCUGUCUCUCUCGGUUUCUCUCUCCUCUCCAGGUUCCUCUCCAACACGUCGUUCCAGGGUGCUACGGGCGCUGUCCGCGUGGCACCGGCUCUCUCCCAGGUCCUCUCCUCCCAGCUGUACCACGUGUGGAGCCUGAAGAGAGGUCCUCUUGGCCAGCCGUCCUGGGUCACCGUGGCCCACUGGACCACCGGGCGCCUACAGCUGGACGAGGGGGUGUUGGGGCUGGGGGCUGGCCUGGGGCUAGGCCUGGGGGGGAGGACGGGGUCCGGGUCUGGGUUAGGGGUCCAGAGAGGGGAUAGGGAGAGAGACAACAGUCCUGGAGGGAGAUGGAGGCCGGGGCUAAAGAUGGAGGGCCGGAGGUUAAGGGUCGUGACCCUGGUGGAGCAUCCCUUUGUGUUCACUAGAGAGGUGGAUGAGGAUGGACUGUGUCCCGCUGGUCAGCUGUGUCUGGACCCUAGGACUAACCGCUCAGAUCGAUUGGACUCGCUGUUCAGUCAGCUACACCAGACCAAUAUGACUACUACCAAAACUGACCACAGUGAGUAUUUCUCCACAUAGUACACUGUACCUACAUUACAUCACUAUAGACCAGUAGACCAAGACUAACCCUUCCUGUCCUGACCUGACCACAACCCCAGACCCAACAGAGGACCUGCGGAAGUGUUGCUAUGGUUACGUUAUUGACCUGUUGGAGAAGCUGGCAGAGGACCUGAAGUUCACCUUUGACCUUUACAUCGUGGGAGACGGGAAGUAUGGAGCGUUGAGCAGCACUGGCAGGUGGACUGGCCUGGUACGUACGUACGUGUCUGUCUGUCUGUCUGUCUGUCUGUCAUCGUUUUUUAUUUUUUUUUUUUACAAUAAUAUAUAUGAUUCCAUGCUAAUUUUACAUGACUGUUUACCUAACCAAGAACAAUGUUUGCAGAAGGAUUGUUAAAUGCAUGUGUAAUAGGAUGUGUCUUCUGAAUGCUGUAUAUAUUCCUGUCUUCCCAUAUUAGGUGGGAGACCUGCUGAGUGGAACAGCAGACAUGGCUGUGACAUCAUUCUCCAUCAACUCAGCCAGGAGCAGAGUUAUAGACUUCACCUCUCCUUUCUACUCUACCUCUCUGGGGAUACUGGUGAGUGAGGAGGGGUGUGUGUGUGUUUGUGUGUCUGUGUGUGUGCAUACAGUUUAUAAUGUGUGUGUAUGUGUGUGUUGACUACCAGGUGCGUAGCCAGGACACAUCAGCCCCUAUUGGGGCCUUCAUGUGGCCUCUCCAUUGGUCCAUGUGGGUGGGCAUCUUCGUCACUCUCCAUCUUACCGCACUCUUCCUCACCGUCUAUGAGUGGAACAGUCCCUUUGGUGAGAAAACUAAAAUACCAUUUACGGCCUGUCAUCCAAGGCCUGUCAUGUUAUUUGUCUGUGACCUAAAUCUCUGUGGAUACGGCAAUGAUUUACAGCCAUGUCAUCAUCUACACACACAGCUGUGGUUGGUUGGGACCUUUACAACUCUCUUUGUCUUUUUGAUCCCACACACACACCACACACACCACACACACACACACACACACACACACACACACACACACACACACACACCUGACUCCUCCUGUGUUGUGUUGAUCAAGGUAUGACUCCUCAUGGCAGGAACAGACUCAGAGUGUUCUCCUACUCCUCAGCCCUCAGCCUCUGUUACGCCAUCCUGUUUGGACGCACUGUCGCUACUAAGGUACUGAGGGAGGGAUGGAGGGGGAGGGAUGAAGGAAGGGAAGGAUUGAAUAAUCAUAAUACCAAAGAUGAGGAAUCUAAUUAACAAAUUGUCUUCUUUCUUUCUGUUCUGUCUUCGCUGUAUUCCUGUCUGUCUUUAUGUCUCUCUCUCUCUCUAUCUCCUCUCUCUGUCUCUCCUCUAUCUCUGUCUCUCUCUCUCUGUCCUUCUACUCUGUCUCUCUCUAUACUCUGUUCUCUCUCAUCCUCCCUCCCUCCUCUCUUUCUCUCUCUCCCUCCUCUCCAGACUCCUAAGUGUUGGACCAGUAGGUUCCUGAUGAACCUGUGGGCUAUCUUCUGUCUGCUGGUGCUGUCCAGUUAUACAGCUAACCUGGCUGCUGUCAUGGUGGGGGAGAAAACCUUUGAACAGGUGUCUGGGAUUCAUGACGAGAAGGUACAUUACACACACACACACACACACACACACACAGGUAGGCAUGUACACACGCAUAGGUACACACACACGCACUUAUAUGCAAACACACACACACACACAAACACAAGAAUAUUACUGCUCCCCCAGUGGUUUAUUGCGGAACCCAAAAAGACAAUGUUUCAACUUUGAGACCUGUCAGACCUGAGGAAGACUUCUGUUGAAGUUGAAGCAUUGUAUUUUGGGGUUCAGAAAUACCAAAGGGGAGCAGUAAUAUUUUGUGUACGGGCCUCUCAUGUCUUUAUAUGGAAUACUUUUUAGCCCUGCACCAGUAUUCUCAACUUACGGUUGUGCAUAUCACCCUCCUUUUCUUAAUGAAUUCUCCUUACCUUCAAAUAAUUUUCUCUCCCCCUCCCCCUUCCCCUUCCCCUCCCCCCCCCCCUCUCCCUCUCCCCCCCCCCCCCCCCCCCCCCCCUCCUCCCUCUCCCCCUCUCCCUCCCAGCUCCACCACCCGUCCCGUGGGUUCAGGUUUGGGACAGUCAGAGAGAGCUCUGCAGAGGACUACAUGAGGAAGAGUUUCUCUGCCAUGCAUGACUACAUGAGACGUUACAACCAACCCACCACACCAGACGGAGUGGAUAUGUUAAAGUAAGACCCACACACAGUCUGUUGGCUAACCAACCAGUUACCCAAGUGUUGUGUUAUGCUAAAUUGUUUAAUUUACUCUUAAUUCCCCACGUCUCCAGGCAUUUAAUAGAAUGUACCGGAUGCAGUUAAACUGCCUCUCAAAACUGUAGAUACACACACACACACACACACAAAUAUACACACACACAAACACACACAUCCCCACCUGUGUAGGGUGUGAGUUUAUGUUGGAUUGUUUACAUUGUUAAGUGUAUUGCAAUCAUAAGUGGUCCUCUGUAGCUCAGCUGGUAGAGCACGGCGCUUGUAACGCUAAGGUAGUGGGUUCGAUCCCCGGGACCACCCAUACACAAAAAAAAAAAUGUAUGCACGCAUGACUGUAAGUCGCUUUGGAUAAAAGCGUCUGCUAAAUGGCAUAUUAUUAUUUUAUAAAGUCUGUUUUAUAAAUUACCCCAGAGGACCUCAAUGCAAUAAUAUUAUUGUUAUUAAAGUUCUGCAUAUCUGAUUGUUGUGGCUUUGCAUUUAUCUGCAUGUUUAUCUGCAUGUUUGUGUGUUUGUUUGUGUGUGUGUGUGUGUGUGUGUGUGUGUGUGUGUGUGUGUGUGUGUGUGUGUAUGUGUAUGUUAGGACAGAUCCUCCCCUACUAGAUGCAUUCAUCAUGGAUAAAGCUCUAUUGGACUACGAAGUCUCCAUCGAUGCUGAGUGUAAACUAGCGACUGUGGGCAAGCCUUUCGCUAUAGAGGGUAAGAUAGACAUACACACACACACAAACAUUCCCCCCAAAAAUGUUAUAAAUGUUUUCAAUGGUAUGCCAGUCUGUUUGUGCAAUAAUGCCAACACAUUGUCACUCAGUGUCAUGCCAAACAUGUUUGACUUGACAAUGACAACAAGGACGUUUGUAAGAGUACUAAAAUAUCUGGGACCAGGCUAGCUAUUCACUGUGACAGACAGAUGAUUUAACUCUGUACGUGUGUGUGUGUGUGUGUGUGUGUGUGUGUGUGUGUGUGUGUGUGUGUGUGUGUGUGUGUGUGUGUGUGUGUGUGUGUGUGUGUGUGUGUGUGUGUGUGUGUCCAGGGUAUGGUAUAGGUGUUGCCCAAGGCUCUCCUCUCACUGCCAACGUGUCUGAAUUCAUCAGUCGCUACAAGUCAGAAGGGUACGGUAACACACACACACACACACAAACACAGGCUUACAGCAUGUAAAAGAGUAUGAGCUAAGUUAUGUGUAGUAUUUCACUAAUGUAAUGACAGGCCCCCACAUCUGCCUCGACUUCACCUGUCAGAUCUGAUGAAGUUGAAAUUGUAUUUUUGAGUUCAGGAAUAAAGCACUGGGGAGCAGUAAUAUUCUGUGUUGUUCUCUCAUGUUGUUGGGACUAUUAUUGCUUAGCCCAACGGUAUUCUCAAGUUACGGAUGUGCAUAUCACCCUCCUUGUCUUCAGUUCAUUUAUUUUUUAAAUCUAACGCUAGUAUUAACAUGACGUGUUGUUGCAGGUACAUGGACAUAUUACAUGAGAAAUGGUACAAGGUGGUGCCAUGUGGGAAGAGAGUAUUCACUAACACUGAGGUGAGUGAGUGUGUGUGUGCGUGUGUGUGUGUGCGUGCGUGUGUGUGUGUGUUUAAGGUCAUAGUCGACAGAAACCACAACAACCAAACUCUCUAUAUUCUGUGGUGUGUCUGUUUGUUGGCUUGUCCUACCUCUAACUGACCUCUAACUGCCAGAGAGACUCCUCAUAUUGAUUUUGCUGACAAAGUGGUACUCUUUCUUCACAAACACACACCUGCUUCCCCCAUAGUGUUGAUAUACAGCCAGCCCAGCCAGCAUACUAGUCCCGUAUCUCAGCCUCCCGCUGGGACAGAGACAAACAGGACUCGCUUCCAGGCACACACACACACACACACAUCCAAUCCUAUCUACAGACCUGAUAUAUAGCUGCUGGCAAAGACUCUGUUACCUUCACUCCUCCUUCUAUCCCUUGGCAUCUGAGAUAAAAUGUGUGUGUGUAGGGGUGUGUGUAGGGGUGUGUGUGUGUGUGUAUGUGUAUGUGUGUGUGUGUGUGUGUGUAGGGGUGUGUGUGUGUGUGUGUAGGGGUGUGUGUGUGUGUGUGUGUGUGUGUGUGUGUGUGUGUGUGUGCGCGCGCGCGUGUGCGUGCGUGUGUUUACUACUAGAGCCAGCCACAUCCCCCUCUCCCCAGAGAGAGAAAGGCUUAGGGCCAGGAGAAAAUCUCUGGAUCAGAGGGAUGAUAUUCUUCAUAUUUAUUCAGAAGUUAGAAUCUAUAGAGCAGACAACCUUGAGGCAGUUCUACAGAAUAACAACUUCAUGCAGGACAGAAGUCCACGAUCCAAGGUGUAACUCUGUGUCCACGAUCCAAGGUGUAACUCGGUCACAUGGGCUUGCUCACAUCACCUUGUGUCGUUCCAGGUGCUUCUAGAGGAAAUAGAGAGAGAAGGGUGCUAUUCGUUCUGGUCAGAAGACUUGUGUCUCUGUAGAUCAUGGAGAUGGUUAUUGUGGGAUAGCAGAGAGAGAAGGACAUUGCCCUGUUUGAAUACUUCCUACCUUCUUUAAAGGGGCAAUCAGCAGUUGAAACUAAAACAAAGGGCACUCCCCUGUUUCAGUAAAAAGCUGAGGUAAGGGGCUGGAGAAAUGUAACCACUCUCAAAUUCAUAGACAGAGCUAUGGAUGCAAGGACUGACCAUCCAUUAUAUAAUUAAUUUAUUUAGGCUAUAUAGUGUUUGUUUACAUUUACUUUGUUUACAAACAUUGGAGUAAAACAAGCUUAUAGUUCUGAUGGGGUACGACAUUUGAACGAAGCUCAUGAGGCAUUAGUAAGUUAUACUCUUCAAGAAUCAAUGGAUACAUAUACAGUGAGGGAAAAAAGUAUUUGAUCCCCUGCUGAUUUUGUACGUUUGCCCACUGACAAAGAAAUGAUCAGUCUAUAAUUUUAAUGGUAGGUUUAUUUGAACAGUGAGAGACAGAAUACAACAAAAAAAUCCAGAAAAACGCAUGUCAAAAAUGUUAUAAAUUGAUUUGCAUUUUAAUGAGGGAAAUAAGUAUUUGACCCCUCUGCAAAACAUGACUUAGUACUUGGUGGCAAAAUCCUUGUUGGCAAUCACAGAGGUCAGACGUUUCUUGUAGUUGGCCACCAGGUUUGCACACAUCUCAGGAGGGAUUUUGUUCCACUCCUCUUUGCAGAUCUUCUCCAAGUCAUUAAGGUUUCGAGGCUGACGUUUGGCAACUCGAACCUUCAGCUCCCUCCACAGAUUUUCUAUGGGAUUAAGGUCUGGAGACUGGCUAGGCCACUCCAGGACCUUAAUGUGCUUCUUCCAUUGCCACUCCUUUGUUGCCUUGGCCGUGUGUUUUGGGUCAUUGUCAUGCCGGAAUACCCAUCCACGACCCAUUUUCAAUGCCCUGGCUGAGGGAAGGAGGUUCUCACCCAAGAUUUGACGGUACAUGGCCCCGUCCAUCGUCCCUUUGAUGCGGUGAAGUUGUCCUGUCCCCUUAGCAGAAAAACACCCCCAAAGCAUAAUGUUUCCACCUCCAUGUUUGACGGUGGGGAUGGUGUUCUUGGGGUCAUAGGCAGCAUUCCUCCUCUUCCAAACACGGCGAGUUGAGUUGAUGCCAAAGAGCUCCAUUUUGGUCUCAUCUGACCACAACACUUUCACCCAGUUCUCCUCUGAAUCAUUCAGAUGUUCAUUGGCAAACUUCAGACGGCCCUGUAUAUGUGCUUUCUUGAGCAGGGGGACCUUGCGGGCGCUGCAGGAUUUCAGUCCUUCACGGCGUAGUGUGUUACCAAUUGUUAUCUUGGUGACUAUGGUCCCAGCCGCCUUGAGAUCAUUGACAAGAUCCUCCCGUGGAGUUCUGGGCUGAUUCCUCACCGUUCUCAUGAUCAUUGCAACUCCACUAGGUGAGCUUGCAUGGAGCCCCAGGCCGAGGGAGAUUGACAGUUCUUUUGUGUUUCUUCCAUUUGCGAAUAAUCACACCAACUGUUGUCACCUUCUCACCAAGCUGCUUGGCGAUGGUCUUGUAGCCCAUUCCAGCCUUGUGUAGGUCUACAAUCUUGUCCCUGACAUCCUUGGAGAGCUCUUUGGUCUUGGCCAUGGUGGAGAGUGUCACGAUCGUCUACCAAUGAGGAGGACCAAGGCGCAGCGUUGAAUGUGAACAUGAUAAGACUUUAUUAAAUCAAGCCCGAACAAAACAAUAAACGACUCGUAACGUCCAACGGUAAACAUAUACCGACACGGAACAAAAACCCACAAACACAAAGUGAAAAACAGACAGUUAAAUAUGGCUCCCAAUCAGAGACAACCAGCCAACAGCUGACACUCGUUGCCUCUGAUUGGGAGUCACUAAGGCAAACAUAGAAAACAACAAACCAGAACCCCCGACAUAGAAACACACCACAUAGAACAAACACACCCUGGCUCAACAACUAGAGUCCCAUAGCCAGGGGUGUGACAGUACCCCCCCCUAAAGGCGCGGACUGCGACCGCGCCUCAAAAAGAGCAAAACAGGGGAGGGCUGGGUGGGCAUACCUCCUCGGCGGCGGUUCUGGCUCCGGGCUUGACCCCCACUCCUUCUCUAACCCCCCAAAGUACCCCUGGUCCGGUCUGGCCCUGCUGACCAGAGCUGAACUGAACACUGGUGGAGCGGAUUGCUCUAGCUCCGGCGUGACGCAGCACCUGACCGGUGCCGGAUCCGCCACCGGUGGAACAGGCACGGGCCGUGCCGGACUGACGACGCACACCACUGGCUUGGUGUGGGGAGCAGGAGUGGACCGAGCCGGGCUGACGUAGCGCACCACUGACUUGGUGCGGGGAGCUUGGAUGGGCCGGACUGGGCUGGCGACGCGCACCACAGACUUGGUGCGGGGAGCUUGGAUGGGCCGGACUGGGCUGGCGACGCGCACCACAGACUUGGUGCGGAGAGCAGGAACGGGCCGGACAGGGCUGACGAAACGCACCACAGACUUGGUGCGGGGAGCAGGAAUGGGCCGGACUGGGCUGGCGACGCGCACCACAGACUUGGUGCGGAGAGCAGGAACGGGCCGGACAGGGCUGACGAAACGCACCACAGACUUGGUGCGGGGAGCUUGGAUGGGCCGGACUGGGCUGGCGACGCGCACCACAGACUUGGUGCGGAGAGCAGGAACGGGCCGGACAGGGCUGACGAAACGCACCACAGACUUGGUGCGGGGAGCAGGAAUGGGCCGGACUGGGCUGGCGACGCGCACCACAGACUUGGUGCGGAGAGCAGGAACGGGCCGGACAGGGCUGACGAAACGCACCACAGACUUGGUGUGGGGAGCAGGAGCGGACCGAGCCGGGCUGACGUAGCGCACCACUGACUUGGUGCGGGGAGCUUGGAUGGGCCGGACUGGGCUGGCGACGCGCACCCCAGACUUGGUGCGGGGAGCUUGGAUGGGCCGGACUGGGCUGGCGACGCGCACCACAGACUUGGUGCGGAGAGCAGGAAUGGGCCGGACUGGGCUGGCGAUGCGCACCGUAGACUUGGUGCGAGUGGCAGGAACAGGCCGGACCGUACUGGGAACACACACCACUGGCCCUACGUGGGGAUCAGGAACCGGCCGGACCGGACUGGCAACACACGCCAGUACCUCUCGCCGUGCCUCUACAUCUUCCACCCCCUCUUCGACCAGUGGCCCCCGUAACCUGGCGGCCUCCUCUGCCACUCCGUUGGGCCGCUCUGCCGCGGUCUCCUGCUGGCCCGUCGUCCACGGCGUUAGCCCCCCCCUAAAAAAUUUCUGGGCGUCUCUCCCCGUGGACCAGGCCUCCAUGUCUCUCGCCAGCCUUUCGCCCUUCUGCCACAAAGUCAAGCCCUUCUCUUCCUCACUCGGCUUGACCCAGUCGAGGAGGCGAAGGAGAUCUGUUAGGGAUCUCCCUGGCGAUGGCUCCUGGACACGCUGCUUGGUCACAUCUUGGUGGGUUUUUCUGUCACGAUCGUCUACCAAUGAGGAGGACCAAGGCGCAGCGUUGAAUGUGAACAUGAUAAGACUUUAUUAAAUCAAGCCCGAACAAAACAAUAAACGACUCGUAACGUCCAACGGUAAACAUAUACCGACACGGAACAAAAACCCACAAACACAAAGUGAAAAACAGACAGUUAAAUAUGGCUCCCAAUCAGAGACAACCAGCCAACAGCUGACACUCGUUGCCUCUGAUUGGGAGUCACUAAGGCAAACAUAGAAAACAACAAACCAGAACCCCCGACAUAGAAAACACACCACAUAGAACAAACACACCCUGGCUCAACAACUAGAGUCCCAUAGCCAGGGUGUGACAGUACCCCCCCCCUAAAGGCGCGGACUGCGACCGCGCCUCAAAAAGAGCAAAACAGGGGAGGGCUGGGUGGGCAUACCUCCUCGGCGGCGGUUCUGGCUCCGGGCUUGACCCCCACUCCUUCUCUAACCCCCCAAAGUACCCCUGGUCCGGUCUGGCCCUGCUGACCAGAGCUGAACUGAACACUGGUGGAGCGGAUUGCUCUAGCUCCGGCGUGACGCAGCACCUGACCGGUGCCGGAUCCGCCACCGGUGGAACAGGCACGGGCCGUGCCGGACUGACGACGCACACCACUGGCUUGGUGUGGGGAGCAGGAGUGGACCGAGCCGGGCUGACGUAGCGCACCACUGACUUGGUGCGGGGAGCUUGGAUGGGCCGGACUGGGCUGGCGACGCGCACCACAGACUUGGUGCGGGGAGCUUGGAUGGGCCGGACUGGGCUGGCGACGCGCACCACAGACUUGGUGCGGAGAGCAGGAACGGGCCGGACAGGGCUGACGAAACGCACCACAGACUUGGUGCGGGGAGCAGGAAUGGGCCGGACUGGGCUGGCGACGCGCACCACAGACUUGGUGCGGAGAGCAGGAACGGGCCGGACAGGGCUGACGAAACGCACCACAGACUUGGUGCGGGGAGCUUGGAUGGGCCGGACUGGGCUGGCGACGCGCACCACAGACUUGGUGCGGAGAGCAGGAACGGGCCGGACAGGGCUGACGAAACGCACCACAGACUUGGUGCGGGGAGCAGGAAUGGGCCCGGACUGGGCUGGCGACGCGCACCACAGACUUGGUGCGGAGAGCAGGAACGGGCCGGACAGGGCUGACGAAAACGCACCACAGACUUGGUGUGGGGAGCAGGAGCGGACCGAGCCGGGCUGACGUAGCGCACCACUGACUUGGUGCGGGGAGCUUGGAUGGGCCGGACUGGGCUGGCGACGCGCACCCCAGACUUGGUGCGGGGAGCUUGGAUGGGCCGGACUGGGCUGGCGACGCGCACCACAGACUUGGUGCGGAGAGCAGGAAUGGGCCGGACUGGGCUGGCGAUGCGCACCGUAGACUUGGUGCGAGUGGCAGGAACAGGCCGGACCGUACUGGGAACACACACCACUGGCCCUACGUGGGGAUCAGGAACCGGCCGGACCGGACUGGCAACACACGCCAGUACCCUCUCGCCGUGCCUCUACAUCUUCCACCCCCUCUUCGACCAGUGGCCCCCCGUAACCUGGCGGCCUCCUCUGCCACUCCGUUGGGCCGCUCUGCCGCGGUCUCCUGCUGGCCCGUCGUCCACGGCGUUAGCCCCCCCCUAAAAAAUUUCUGGGCGUCUCUCCCGUGGACCAGGCCUCCAUGUCUCUCGCCAGCCUUUCGCCCUUCUGCCACAAAGUCAAGCCCUUCUCUUCCUCACUCGGCUUGACCCAGUCGAGGAGGCGAAGGAGAUCUGUUAGGGAUCUCCCUGGCGAUGGCUCCUGGACACGCUGCUUGGUCACAUCUUGGUGGGUUUUUCUGUCACGAUCGUCUACCAAUGAGGAGGACCAAGGCGCAGCGUUGAAUGUGAACAUGAUAAGACUUUAUUAAAUCAAGCCCGAACAAAACAAUAAACGACUCGUAACGUCCAACGGUAAACAUAUACCGACACGGAACAAAAACCCACAAACACAAAGUGAAAAACAGACAGUUAAAUAUGGCUCCCAAUCAGAGACAACCAGCCAACAGCUGACACUCGUUGCCUCUGAUUGGGAGUCACUAAGGCAAACAUAGAAAACAACAAACCAGAACCCCCGACAUAGAAACACACCACAUAGAACAAACACACCCUGGCUCAACAACUAGAGUCCCAUAGCCAGGGUGUGACAGAGAGUUUGGAAUCUGAUUGAUUGAUUGCUUCUGUGGACAGGUGUCUUUUAUACAGGUAACAAACUGAGAUUAGGAGCACUCCCUUUAAGAGUGUGCUCCUAAUCACAGCUCGUUACCUGUAUAAAAGACACCUGGGAGCCAGAAAUCUUUCUGAUUGAGAGGGGGUCAAAUACUUAUUUCCCUCAUUAAAAUUCAAAUCAAUUUAUAACAUUUUUGACAUGCGUUUUUCUGGAUUUGUGUUGUUGUUAUUCUGUCUCUCACUGUUCAAAUAAACCUACCAUUAAAAUUAUAGACUGAUCAUUUCUUUGUCAGUGGGCAAACGUACAAAAUCAGCAGGGGAUCAAAUACUUUCUUCCCUCACUGUAAUUCAUUUAUAAGUCCAAAAAUGUAUGUAGCAACUGCAGAUUGCCCCUUUAAGGUCAUCACUUAUAGGUGGAAGCAACUGGCUGUAGUUUUACUCAGAGCCAGUGAUGUGAUGUAGCCCCGUGUAGCUCAGUUGGUAGAGCAUGGCGCUUGCAACGCCAGGGUUGUGGGUUCGAUUCCCACGGGGGGCCAGUAUGAAAAUGUAUGCACUCACUAACUGUAAGUCGCUCUGGAUAAGAGUGUCUGCUAAAUGAUGUAAAUGUAAAUGAUGAUGAAGGAGGAAGUGGAACUAUUGGUUCACUCUGCCAUCUUGUGGCCACUGUUGGAACCACAGUCAACCUCAUCCCAGAUUUUAAAAAACAGAUAAAAAAACACCUUACGGCAAAACCGGGGACUGUGAAGAGACACAUAUGCAUUUUGUAUUGUAUUAUGUAUAUGAUGCGUGGUUGGGAUACGACUGUGAUAUGUGGUUGUUUCGCCUGGCUGUAUUAAGAUGAAUGCAUUAGCUUUGGGUCUCUCUGGAUGGGAGCAUCUGCUGAAUGGCUACUUUUUUAUGUAAAUGUAGUGCUAUGUAUAUUUAUGUAUAUUAUGUGUUUUAUUUGUUGUGUUGUUUCCUGUUUGGACCUCAGGAAGAGUAGCCACUGCCUCAGCAGCAGCUAAUUGGGGAUCCUAAAAUAAAUACUCUCUCUCUCCUCUCGGUCUCAUACUCUCUCUAUCUGUCUAUCCUAUACUGCGUCUCGUCUCUCUCUCUCUCUCGCUCUCUCCUCUAAUCUCGCUCCGGCUCUCUUACUCACCCUCUCUUGCCCUCUCUCUCGCUCUACCUCUGUCUCUCACUCUCUCUCUCUCUCUUUCUCUCUCUCUCACACACCUCUCUUGCCUUCUAUCUCUCCCUCUUUCGGACUCUCUCUCUCUCCCCCAGAAUUUAUCGAUGGGGAUAGAUCAUUUCUCAGGCCUGUUUGUGAUGUUGUGUGUGGGGGUGGUUGGAGCCAUCUUUACCUUGGCAGCUGAACACACCUUCUAUCACCUAGCCCUGCCCCGGCUACGACGGUCACACACACUAACCUACUGGUUGCAUACCAGCCAGGUACGUACACACACACACACACACACACGCACACACACUCAUAAACUAGAUCUAUAGCAAGCCACCAAGCUGUUAAUAGUAACUAAGAUAGUUGGAAUUUCACACUUUUAAAAACCUGUUAACAAGGUGAUCUUAUCAAGGUGAUCUUUAUUGAGUGAAUGUUCUCUCAUCUGUGUUGUAUUAUCUAUCUAUUGACAGAAGAUCCAUCGAGCCGUGAACACCCCUUACGAGGACAUUGGGAAAGAGUUGAUUGGCCUGGACCACAAGUAGAGAAAUACUUAUCAAUACUAUCUAUAUUCGAGUAUAGGUUAUCAAUACUAUCUAUAUUACAGUAUAGGUUAUCAAUACUAUCUUUAUUAGAGUAUAGGUUAUAAAUACUAACUAUAUUAUAGUAUAUGUUAUCAAUACUAUCUAUAUCACAGUAUAGGUUAUCAAUACUAUCUAUAUUACAGUAUAAGUUAUCAAUACUAUCUAUAUUACAGUAUAGGUUAUCAAUACUAUCUUUAUUACAGUAUAGCUUAUCAAUACUGUCAAUAUUACAGUGUAGGUUAUCAAUACUAUCUAUAUUUCAGGAUAGGUUAUCAAUACUAUCUAUACUACAGUAUAGGUUAUCAAUAAUAUAUAUAUUACAGUAUAGGUUAUCAAUAAUAUCUAUAUUACAGUAUAGGUUAUCGAUACUAUCUAUAUUACAGUAUAGGUUAUCAAUACUGUCUAUUUUACAGUAUAGGUUAUCAAUACUAUCUAUACUACAGUAUAGGUUAUCAGUCAUAUCUAUAUUACAGUAUAGGUUAUCAAUACUGUCAAUAUUACAGUUUAGGUUAUCAAUACUAUAUACUACAGUAUAGGUUAUCAAUAAUAUCUAUGUUACAGUAUAGGUUAUCAAUACUGUAUAUAUUACAGUAUAGGUUAUCAAUACUGUCUAUAUUACAGUAUAGGUUAUCAAUACUGUCAAUAUUAGUAUAGGUUAUCAAUACUAUAUACAGUGCAUUCGAAAAGUAUUUAGACCCCUUGACCGUUUCCACAUUUUGUUACGUUACAGCCUUAUUCUAAAAUGGAUUAAAUUGUUUUCUUUCCUCAUAAAUCUACACACAAUACCCCAUAAUGACAAUGCAAAAACAGGUUUGUAGACAUUUUUGCAAAUUGAUUAAAAAUUAAAAUAUAUAUAUAUUACAGUACGAGUUCCUUUCAACUGCAGCUGACAGACUUUUGUUGUUCAACUCAGUAAACUGACCUGUCACGCUCUUUCUCUCUCUCUCUCUCUCUCUCUCUCUCUCUCUCUCUCUCCUCUCUCUCCUCUCUCUCUCUCUCUCUCUCUCUCUCUCUCUCUCUCUCUCUCUCUCUCCCAGUCCCUCCCCUUGUAUCUCUGACAGCUGCAGCCUCCACAGACACCAGCAGCCUCGCACUCCUCCUCCCCUCUCUUCCCCCCUCCCUGCCCCCCCUCCUCCUCAGCCCUCCUCCCCUGCCCGGGACAUCAAGGAGAACAAGAGGGUCCACUUUGAUCUGGAGAGCCUGCACAGCUACCGUCUACACACACACACCGCCUCCUUCCGGGGGCGGCCUGGCAUGGUGGGGCGACACGGCCUGGGAGGUACACACUCAUUCUCACACACACAUUUGUUUUACUAUCCUUGUGGGGGCCAAAACAUUUAUUCCCAUUCAAAAUCCUAUUUUCCCUAACCCUUAACCUAACCUUAACCCCAAACACCUAAUCCUAAAACUAAACCUAACCCUAACUCCUAACCCUAAUUCUAACCCUAAACCUAACCCCUAAGCCUAAAAUAGUUGUUUUCCGUGUGGGGAUCGGCGAAAUGUCCACAGAAUGUUCCUGGUUUUACUGUCCUUGUGAGAACUUCUGGUACCCAGAAGGAUAGUAAAACCACACACACACUUUAAAUGCUUUAUUUGAAUCCACAAAUCACAUUCCUUUCAAUGCGUUUCAGAGAAAAGGUCACACAAAGUUUCUAUCUUCCCCUCUCUGUUCCAGGGUGUCUGGGUGGUUUAGCUCCUCCUCAGGUUAGCCUGCAUGCUAACGGUGGCCCAGCAUCGGCCCUGGCCUCCUCCGGCCUGGCCCUGCCUCCCCUGGGGAACCCAGGCAGCCAGGCCUUCCUGUGGGAGGGAGAGCUCCAGGAGGUCCAGGGGAGGAUUGAGACGUUCACAGCCCAGCUGAGAGACGCCAUGGUCAGGAGGGCCGAGAUACAGACCUGCCUGGAGAACCAGAAAAUGAACCAGAGCACAGCUACUGCUGUCAAACUGGAGAAAGAGAAGGUUGGCCAGUCACAAAGCCUGGAGAGAGUGAGAACCAACGUAGAGAAAGAUAGAACCAAGGAGGAAAGAGACCAGGAGAAAGAAAGGAGUGGCAGAAACAGAGACAGGACAAACAGGGACAGUUCCACUGGGAGACAAGCAGCCAGACAGGACACAGACAGGGACAGACUGUUACACCAAUCACAAACUGAGAGAGAAAGAAACGACCAAUCAAAAAGCCUGGACAAAAAUGGGAGCAGCCAAUCACAUGCCUCCAACAUUCUGCAGACAGGGAGGAACAGCCAAUCAGAAGCUCUGAACACCCUACAGAGGAGGACAGCGAUCCAAUCAAAAACCUCCGCCAGCCUGGACAGAGGGACAACCAACCAAUCAGGUGCUGUCAAUACACUGCAGGGAGAAAGAACUGUUCAAUCACGUAACUCCACCAGCCUGGAGAGAGGAAGAGUCAGGCAAUCAGGUGCAGUGAAGGACCAGGAGAGGGGGAGAACUGUCCAAACACGGACAGGAGCUAGUCUGGACAGACCGAGAGCUAGCCAAUCCAGUGCCGGCACUGGAAAUCUGGUUAGAGAACGUCCCGCCCCCAAGGACACCCAGAAGAGUUUGUGUUAG